AUGGCCGUCUUCUCCCGCGUUGGCUUUCUAGCCAUCGCCGUGGUGUUCCACUUGGUGUACAUAUACUCCAUCUUUGACAUCUACUUUGUCAGUCCCGUCGUUUCUGGUAUGCGACUCAUUGGGGUCCGCCAAACGCCAGAUGUGAAGGCACCCGCCGACCGAUUGGUCCUCUUCGUUGGAGAUGGCUUACGUGCCGAUAAAGCCUUCCAGUCCUUUCCAGAUCCAUAUCCGAAGACAGACGACGAUCUCGCCCCUCGCCCCCUCGCCCCCUUUCUACGCUCCCGCGUCUUGGAACAUGGCAGUUUUGGAGUCUCGCAUACCCGGGUACCUACCGAGUCCCGACCAGGCCAUGUUGCUCUCAUCGCCGGACUGUACGAGGAUGUGUCGGCCGUCGCAACUGGCUGGAAGUUGAACCCCGUCAAUUUCGAUAGCGUCUUCAACCGAAGUCGGCAUACCUGGAGCUGGGGCAGCCCCGACAUCUUACCCAUGUUUCAACAAGGCGCCGUACCUGGACGUGUUGACUCCUUCACGUACGGUCAUGAGUUCGAAGACUUUUCGUCUGAUGCCGUAGAGCUGGAUCUUUGGGUGUUCGAUCAUGUCAAAGACUUUUUCAAGGAGGCACAAACAAACGAGACACUCAGUGCGGCUUUACGCCAGGACAAAGUCGUAUUUUUCCUACACCUUCUCGGUAUAGACACCUCGGGACAUGGAUAUCGCCCAUACUCGAAAGAGUAUUUGAACAAUAUAAAGAUUGUCGACAACGGCGUCAAGGAAAUUACUGAAUUGAUCGAAGCCUUCUACGACGAUGACAGAACGGCCUUCGUUUUUACCGCCGAUCACGGCAUGAGCGAUUGGGGAAGCCAUGGCGAUGGUCACCCUGACAAUACGCGGACGCCACUGAUUACCUGGGGUUCGGGUAUUGCGACACCGCGCUUGCACCCUGGAACGACAGCACCUGGCCAUGAUGAGUACUCAUCAGACUGGAAUAUGGAUCAUGUCCAGCGUCAUGAUGUGUCGCAGGCCGAUAUCGCGGCGUUGAUGGCUCACCUUAUUGGCACCGAAUUCCCGGUGAACUCGGUUGGCGAACUUCCUUUGCCCUACCUUUCCUCUGGUAUCAAGGAGAAGGCACAAGCGUCUCUCAUCAACGCGCGCGAGAUUCUAGAGAUGUACCGCGUUAAGGAGGAGCGCAAACGAACGCAGGAACUUCGCUACCGGCCGUUUGGUCCACUAAGUGGCGCAAACCAAGGCGUUGAACAGCGCGUGGUCGAAAUCCAGAGCCUUAUCGAUGCAGGUCGAGACGAGGAAGCGAUUGAAGAGUCUGCAGCCUUGAUCAAAGUCGGUUUGGAUGGACUGCGAUACCUCCAGACCUACGACUGGCUCUUCCUACGAACCUUGAUCACACUUGGGUACCUGGGCUGGAUAGCAUUCGCCCUCACAGGCGUGAUCGAUUUGCACGUGUUGAAUGGCUCGGAGCCUCCAUCGAGAACAGCCUUGGGAACGCUCACUAGCACGUCCUUGCUGGCCGUGCUUUAUGCAUCUUUUUUCAUCUCCAGUUCUCCCUUCACUUAUUACGCAUACACCUUCUUUCCCGUUGUGUUCUGGGAAGAAGUUUAUGCCCGUCGUCGUAGCCUUGACCGAGGCCGACAUGUUCUGCUUGGGCACAUAGCCACUGGUGGCGGCAUUGCGUCGUUUCUACUCAAUGCAGUGGUUUACAUUGGCGUCAUUGUGUCCCUGGCCCUGGGCUACAUUCACCGCGAGGUUCUGACCGCCCUAUACGUGCUCGGCAGCCUUUGGCCUGCAACAUACGGGAUCGGCUUUCUACAGCGGCACACCCUGCUUUCCCUACUUUGGUUUGUGUCAUGCCUGGUCAUGAGUAUUUUUACGCUGCUUCCUGCGAACAAGGUUGAGAACACAGCCUUUGUUGUACUUGGAGGCCUUGCAAUGGCAGCAAUUGGCUUGGCAUAUCUCGGAUUCGAAGAUCGACUUCUUGCCGCACCCUCAACAAAGAACCAGACAACACAAGGGAGAACGACGAACCUACCGAUAGCCAGGGCAUUGACAGGGGUCCAGGCUCGGCAAGGCCUGCCGCUAGGCAACCAGAUCAUAGGUUGGAUCGUCAUGGGUAUGUCGAGCUGGCCAGCGCCUAGAACCAUUACUAAUUCAGCGCCAGUGGUGUCGAUGCUCAUGCCGCUCGCUCACAGACUACAGCCUAACAACAACUACAUUCAUCGACUGAUGGUAAUGUUCCUGACAUGCGCGCCGACCUUCGUCAUCUUGACAAUUUCGUACGAGGGAUUGUUUUAUGUAGCCUUCAGCACCCUCCUCGUCACGUGGGUCAGCCUUGAGCAUCACGCACAUGUUUCUGAGCGUCUUCGGCAGAGGGGCCUGCAGAUGACGAAAGGCAGAGAGAGCAGCACAUCUCCGUCGAAAGUUGAGGAUUAUCGACCACUCAGGCUUCCAGAUGCCCGCGUGGCUCUCUUCUUCUUCGUCCUGUUACAGUCGGCAUUCUUCAGCACGGGUAACGUAGCUUCCGUGUCGUCUUUCAGCCUGGAAAGUGUGAACCGGUUGAUGCCGGUAUUCGACCCCCUUUGGCAGGGCAUCCUGCUUAUUGUCAAAUUAAUGGUUCCUUUCGCGCUCAUAUCCGCCAACCUCGGCAUUCUGAAUGUGAGGUUGGGGGUGGCGCCAUCAGCAUUGUUCAUGCUGGUCAUGGGAAUCAGCGACAUUCUCACCCUCUACUUCUUCUGGGUUGUCAAAGACGAGGGGUCAUGGCUAGAAAUUGGCUCAACAAUCAGCCAUUUCGUCAUCGCCAGUCUGUUGUGUGUGUUUGUAGCGCUACUGGAGGGUGUCAGUGGACGUUUCAUCGCGGGCAUUGAGGUGGAUGGCCACGACCUAGCCGACGAGGCUUUCACAAGAAAGAAAGAGGUGGGCGCCAACGGUGAACAGAUCACCAACAAACGCACAUGA